AUGAAGGCCUGUACCUUAAGUGACUAAUGCUGGAUAAUUUGUGUUAGAAUAUUGCUAAUUUCUUUUCAGAUUUUUUUUAUUGUAAAUAAGUAGCACCACCAAAUAUCGCCGUUAAUGUCAUAUUUGUAAUUGAACGCGAGAAAUAGGAGUCUGUCAAUAUUCAAUCUUUUCUCAAGGGUACUUCAAUAUUUGUUUACUUGUGUAAGCUUAACUUUGCAUAUAUGUUUAGUCAUGCGCUUAAAUGAAGGGUAUUUGAAUUAAAGAGAAACUAUAAAGAUAGAUUUAGUACGUUCAGAGCUCUACAAAAUGGUUGACGGAUAUAGCAUAAACACGGGAGAGAAACGGACAUUUGGCACCGUAGAUUAUGUUCUGUUUUCUUUGAUGUUUUGCGCUUCUGCCGCAAUUGGAUUUUACCAUGCAUAUAAGGACAGAAAUAAGAAAAAGACGGAAGAUUUUCAUCUGGGAGGAAGGAAAAUGCACCCAAUACCAGUCAGUUUGUCGCUGUCAGCUACGUUCCUAUCGGCGCUAACUCUUCUUGGAACGCCGUCAGAAAUUUAUACAAACGGAACGAUGUUUUACUGGAUUAUUAUCGCAAUGUUGAUCGCAACUGCCGGAGCUGCUCAUAUCUUCUUGCCAGUUUUCUACAAUCUGAAUAAAACCAGCUGCUUCCAGUACUUAGAGAUGAGGUUUGGUAAGGUGACUAGAACCAUCACGUCGAUUCUCUUUUUGAUUCAAACAUUAGUUUAUAUGGGGUUCGUUUUGUAUGCACCGUCACUAGCAUUCGAAGCGGUUACCGGCGUGUCGCUAUGGGGAUGUAUGGUUGGAGUGGCGGCAGUUUGUACUUUAUACACGACUCUUGGUGGCUUGAAAACCGUGCUGUGGACAGACAGUCUUCAGUUUACCAUUAUGAUAGCGGGUCUUCUGGCCGUUCUUAUUGAAGGGUCAAAAUCCACAGGCGGAUUCUCUAACGCUUGGGAUAUUGCCAAUGAUAAUGGGAGAAUAAAGUUUGAUGAUUUCUCAUUUGACCCGAAAACCAGACACAGUGUAUGGACGGUAGCUAUUGGUGGAUCAUUCUUCUGGUUGUACCUUUACGGUAUCAAUCAAGCACAAAUUCAGAGAGCAUGCUCACUCCCAACACUCCGACGUGCUCAAGUGGCGAUGUGGUUAAAUUUUCCAGGACUUCUUCUAAUUGUGACUCUUACCGUCUUAAUUGGAAUAGUGAUGUUUGCCUUCUAUAGCCAGUGCCAUCCAGUCAAGUUCGGUAUCGUGAACAGAAACGACCAGCUAUUGCCGCUAUUUGUAUUGGACACACUAGGCACAAUUCCCGGUCUUUCAGGUGUAUUCAUUGCAUGCGUCUUCAGUGGUGGACUAAGUACUAUUUCAUCAGGUCUAAACGCCAUGUCUGCCGUACUCCUGGAGGAUUUUAUCAAACCAUUUUGUUGUGGAUCUGUUGUGAAAAAGCAUGGAAUUUUACUUUCUAAGAUACUAGUUCUAGUUAUCGGAGCAAUACAGUUUGGAGUAGCUGUACUGAUAUCAAGAUUCACAGGUUUGAUAUUACAAUUUUCAUACAGUAUGUACUCUAUUACUGCUGGGCCAAUAUUUGGUCUCUUCGUCGCCGGAAUGAUAUUUCCAUGGACAAACAAAUAUGGAGCGCCUAUAGGCUUUCUUGUUUCCUUGGCUUUUAUGUGCUGGUUAGGACUUGGAAGCCUAAUUGAGAAACCGUCAGGUUAUAAACCACUUCCGACUUAUACAACAGCAUGCAACUGGACCGCGAUAGGAAAAUCCCCACCAACAACCACUCCAGCCCCGGUAAUGACUGGUUCCGUAGAUACAACCGAGGAGCCAAUUCUUUACGAUUUUUACAGAAUGUCGUACCAAUGGUACACUGGACUGGGUAUGAUUAUUUGUGUAUUUGUGUCGGUGAUUGUCAGCUUCCUUACUGGUUAUACAAAACCAUCAACCAUCGACAGUCAACUGAUGUGUCCAAUCUUCGACGUAAUGUUUCCUUUCCUUCCGGAAGGCGUGCGCAAACCGUUAAGAUUUGGAGUCGUUUAUGACAAGAACAAAAAGUACAUGACAGAGGAUGACUUCUCUCCACCGGGAGAAAAAGAGAAAGUGCCACAAGGUGUUAACAAUCACUCAUUUACAGUAGACAAUGAAAAUAGUUUAUACUCUACCAAUCUUUAAGACAAUGUAAUCAGCCAUAUACAAGGACUGGGUUAAAUGGAAGUAGUAAGGCUAAAGAAAAAACGUAAAAUAUAAAGUAAUAUGUGUUGAUAAUUACUUACACUGCUACUUCCGAGACAAAUUCAGUUAGGCAAUAUAUCUUUUUAUCAGUUUAGAAAUAUGUACUCAUACCAUAGUAAUGUUAUAUUUUUGGAAAGCUUAAUAAAUCAUCACACAAGA